CAGAGACACUGUCCACCAUCCUUCCGUUUCUCUCUCGUUCCAUAACUUGGAUCCCGACUCGUUGCACGAGCCCGAGUCAGCAACUCAUGGCGCGGGCACCAACUUACCUCAUUUGCACCACGCUCUCCCUAAUCCUCCACCUCAUUGACGUUGCCGGCGACUCCGAGCUCCUUCGUAACCGCAACCAUGGCUCUCGCCCUGCCAUGGUCCUUCCGUUGUACCUCUCCGCACCGAAUUCUUCCAUGUCAGCACUUGAUCCACGUCGCCAACUCCACGGAUCCGAGUCUAAACGCCACCCUAACGCGCGCAUGAGACUCCACGAUGAUCUCCUGCUCAACGGGUAUUGCACGACGCGGCUUUGGAUCGGUACUCCUCCUCAAAUGUUUGCACUUAUUGUUGACACGGGGAGCACUGUUACGUAUGUUCCUUGCUCCAGUUGCGAACAAUGUGGCAGGCACCAGGAUCCAAAGUUUCAGCCAGAAUCUUCAAGCACUUAUCAACCUGUCAAAUGUACAAUUGAUUGCAAUUGUGAUGGUGACAGGAUGCAGUGUGUGUAUGAGAGACAGUAUGCUGAAAUGAGUACAAGCAGUGGCGUCCUUGGUGAGGAUGUCAUAUCCUUUGGAAAUCAGAGUGAGCUUGCUCCACAGCGUGCUGUUUUUGGCUGUGAAAAUGUUGAGACUGGUGAUCUUUAUAGUCAACAUGCUGAUGGCAUCAUGGGUUUGGGCCGCGGAGAUCUUAGUAUCAUGGAUCAACUUGUUGACAAAAAUGUAAUAAGUGAUUCAUUCUCACUAUGCUAUGGCGGAAUGGAUGUUGGUGGCGGUGCAAUGGUUCUCGGUGGCUUAUCUCCCCCAUCAGACAUGGUCUUCGCAUAUUCAGAUCCUGUUCGUAGUCCAUAUUACAAUAUUGAUUUGAAGGAGAUACAUGUUGCGGGGAAGCGACUACCUCUACGCUCAGAUGUUUUUGAUGGGAAACAUGGAACUGUCUUGGAUAGUGGUACAACUUAUGCUUACUUACCAGAAGUGGCAUUUCUUGAAUUUAAAGAUGCGAUUUUGAAGGAACUUCAAUCUUUCAAGCAAAUCAAUGGUCCAGAUCCAAAUUAUAAUGAUAUAUGUUUUUUUGGUGCUGGAAUUGAUGUCUCUGAAUUCUCUAAAAGUUUUCCUGUGGUUGAUAUGGUAUUUGGAAAUGGUCAAAAGUACUCACUGUCACCUGAAAACUACAUGUUCCGGCAUUCAAAAGUACGAGGUGCAUAUUGUUUGGGGGUUUUCCAAAAUGGAAAGGAUCCAACUACUCUGUUGGGAGGUAUCAUUGUCCGAAACACUCUUGUAAUGUAUGAUCGUGAACAGACAAAAGUUGGUUUCUGGAAAACAAACUGUGCAGAAUUGUGGGAAAGAUUACAGUUAUCUGUUGCCCCAUCACCAUCACCUACAAAUUCAGGAGUAGGAAAUUCAACUGAAGCAUUAGAGCCUUCAAUUGCUCCAUCUGUGUCACAACAUAAAGCUCCUAUAGGUGAAGUCAAAAUUGCCCAAAUAACGGUUGUAAUUUCAUUUAACAUCAGUUACGUGGAUUUGAAGCCUCGGAUUACAGAAUUGGCUGGACACUUUGCUCAUGGGUUAGAUGUUAAUACUUCCCAGGUUCACUUACUGAAUCUUACAUCUAAUGGAAAUGAUUCCCUCAGUAAAUGGGCCAUAACCCCAAAACCAUAUGCCCAUCACAUUUCUAACACUACUGCAAUGAGUAUAAUUGCCCGGCUUGCUGAACAUCGCAUGCAACUGCCUGGUACCUUUGGAAAUUAUAAGUUGGUUGAUUGGAGUGUUGAGCCCCCAUUAAAAAGUUGGUGGCAGCAAUAUUUCUUGGUCGUGAGUUUAGUUGUUCUGGUCGCGUUGCUUCUAGGAUUGUCCAUGUUAGGAACGUUCUUAAUCUGGAAAAAAAGACAGCAGAACAUGCAUCCAUACAAGCCGGUGGAUGGGGCUGUUCCCGAGCAAGAACUUCAGCCACUAUGAGCUAAGUUCAUGCUACUGCUUCUGUCAGUAGCAUAUUUAACUGCUAUCAAGAGAGCAAUUUAUGCAAACCGUAGCCAGUCAAAUGAUCAAGUUUUUUGUUUCAAAGAAAUCAGGUUGUCACAAUAUUCGGCUAUCAUUGAACCCUGAUAGAGGUACAUAAAGAUUUGUCUAGAUAUGUCAUCAUCUGUAAACACAAUUUUGUUUGUGAAUAUUGUUAUAUACAAAUGAAUCAGAGGGUGGCAGCAUAAGGUUGAAAUACAAUUUCAUAUAUUGUAAUUGUAAUUUUUUACAUUUCA